CACACCUCCGCGUCCGUCACGUACUCCGGCGACUCUCACCGCCGGCCCGAUGGCCCCUCCGCUGCGCCGGCACCACACCCGGCCCCCCACCUGUCGUCCGCCGCCGUGCCUCCACCGCGUGACCUCGCUUCGUCCUCCUCCUGCCCCAACACCUCGUCUACCCGCUCCGCCUCUCCCAGUCUCCCUCCUCGCGCUCUCCUUGCUCUCCGCGUUGCCGUCCUCCUCCCCGCACGGCGCCUCCCUCUCCCUCUCCCUGUCCCGCGCAUCCUCCUCCCAGUACGCUUCCGCAUCCUCGUCCCUCUCCCACGCUUCAUCCCUCUCCUCCUUCCCACCUGCCGCCACUGUCGCCACUGCCACGCUUCGGCUUCUCGCCACCUCUUCCGCCUCCGCCGCCGUCCUUCACCCGUCACUACCCGCCAGAAUCACUCCGGAGUCAGGACCAAUAUUCGGCUUCCCACGUACCGUUCUCUGUUGUCAAGAUUCAUCAGCUCACCCUUGCCCGCGUCCUGUUCGAUGCAAUGCCGCACUCUUUGUUCUUAUGAAAUGCUGCAGUCUGGUGUUCGCCUGGUCCUUCGCGCCUCGCUGCUCUCCUGGUCCUAGGCCCUGUGACUGGGUCACCCUCCGCCUCUCCCACGCGGGCCUCACCUUGCUCACCCUCUGCGACUCAUCCGGCAUGGUCCAGGCGACAGCUCUGCCAGAAUACCUUCAAGCUUACUCUAUUGUGAAUAGGCUGAGAGUGGAAUAAGCCGAAAAGAACUGUCCCACAGUGGUUGCUGUCGAGGGGUGGUGCGGGUGUGCGGCUGCACCCGACAGAAGCCAUCAAUGAAGACUGGGGCUAUAGAGGUUGUAUGAAGUACCAGAAUACUGAUGUUUGGUUUUAUAAUCCAAAAAGGAGUGAGAGAUGUAAGCAAGCACUUGAAUCUGAGAAAGGAAUAAUGAUCAAGGCAACACUAGUUGUCUGGUUCUGAGAAUUUAUCGUUGGGAGAGGAAAUUGAUGAGACUGAAAUGUCAUGCUUGGAGUGAAGAACCCGAUGAAACUCCUGCAAAGAAAAAGUCAAUGGAUGUUAAACAAGUGGGGAGGAAACCUGUGUCUAAGGUAAAAGAAAAGGAUUUGCAAUAAGGAUGAUGGGAAAGAAGGCUAAAUCAAUAAUUCUCUUGCUUUGAGCAAGAAUCAACUUGCUAAGGCAUCCAAGGAAAGCAAAGCUACAAGAUCUGGAAUACCUAUCAUAGUCAGUGCUACUAUUUAUUAUCACAACAUUUUCUUACAUCUUCAGUAGGCUUAUGUAAACAAUCUAUUGAUCUUAUGCUCCAGAUCAUAGAAAUACCAAUCUAAUUUUGCUCUUCGUUUAUGCUUUAAUAUUAUUCCCACCCGAACAAAUAAAAAAAUAUUAGAUCAAACUACAGUUGGGUCAAGGGUAUGUUUCGAAAAUAGGGGUUACAGAACACUGCACAGAAAAUAAAGACCAUGCGUAAGUACUUUUCUGAAAACUUGUUUCAUUUGAAGGCUUACUUUUGUUAGUUUAUGCAGAUAAUUGUGCCCCAGCACUGUACGCUGACUUUUCUAUGGCUUCUAGUACAAGAAAGGAAUAGAAUCAAUAAAUGCUUCCACUGUCUAAAAAGAGAAGGGAAUCAUUAUCCAAAAAAGAGAAAGGAAUAAAGACCCUAGCUUGCAACACCUGCUAGGUAUCUCGAUGAUAUUUGAGCACAUGUAUAUAAUGAUGACACAGAUGAAAUCAUCCCACCUAUAACAUUCAAUAGAUAUGAUCAUACGAUAGGCACACACAUCCAGUUAAAGGCGGUGCAUGUGAGCUGGGUGCUCAAUACGGAAUUACUGGAGCAUUCAGUGUCUCAGCCAACAGUUGCAAAUCAAGAGAGAGCCGGCUAACUAGGAUUGCCAAGAGUACGCAAGUCGAUCCAUGGCAGAAGCUUCAAAGUUUAUUACCAUUAUGCAACUAUUCAGCGACUGGGAAAUCCAUGUAUUGAUUCUCUUGAGCUUUUGCCUGCAACUAUUCCUCUUCUUCUCCGGCAGCCUUCGGCGCCGCCACGACCAUAGGCUGCUUAGGAUCAUGACAUGGUUGUCUUACCUAUCAGCUGAUUUCACUGCAGCAUAUGCUCUGGGCCUUCUUUCACGCGAGGUUGCUACCACUUCCACUAUAGACAACAAUGAUGAUCAUCAUAAAUCAGUGCCCAGUGAAACCCCUCAUCAGCUCAUGGUAUUGUGGGCACCAUUCCUUCUUAUCCAUCUUGGAGGACAGGACACUGUGACUGCUUUUUCAUUGGAGGACAAUGAGCUGUGGUUGAGGCACCUGCUGAUGCUGCUAGGCCAAGCAUGCCUAGUUGUCUAUGUGCUGUGGAAAUGGGUGACAUUGUCAUACUACCAACUUUUAAUCUCGGCUGCAUUGUUGUUCGUUGAUGGGAUCAUCAAGUAUGGGGAGAGGAUUUGGGCACUCAAGUUGGGGAGUCAGGAAGGCCUCAGGAGUUCCACUAGCACAGAAGCUAAGAAAGCAUCCCUUCAAUUUGGACUAGGAUUCAGUACUGAAAGAAAAGAGCAGACCUAUCAAGAAAUUGUUAGGUAUGCUCUUCUCAGGGAGCGAGGCGUGCGGGAUAUAUUUGCUGGACGGAAACUCUUCGACAUGGACGAUUUAACUCGCGAGUACUUUCUGUAUCAAUACGAUCGGGAGGUUCCGAGAGGGGAUGCCCAACUGAAUUUCAAGAGGGCGGAGAUCGAGCUUAGCAUAAUGUAUGACAGCCUCUACACAAAAUCUCGGGUGAUUCAAACAAGGUCUGGCGCCAUCCUUCGGUGUGUCUCCUUCGCCUCCAUAGUGGUUGCCUUUGUGUUCUACGUCAAGUUGAUGGUGAGUAGUAGUGCCUAUGCCGAGCAAACACCAGCAGUACACAACAGCGUCGAGUACAGAAGAAGUAAAGUUGAUGUUGCCAUCACCUACAUAUUAUUCAUUGGAGCAGUUUGCUUGGAAGCUUGCUCAUUCUUCGUUGUGAUGAUCAUGUCACCGUUGGAGUGGCCAUUGUUGGAAGCUCGAGCUGGAUGGUGUCGUGUGCUGCUCACUCGAGUGGCCUGGCCUAUGUUCAUGAGGAUCCAACCAGAGACCAAGCCGUGGUGGUCAAACUCAAUGGGACAGUACAACUUCUUGAGCUCCUGCUGCAACAAAAGCAGAAGCACGGACAGAAGGUGGAGUAGCACCGUCAUCAUGUCAAAGAUGGCAGGCGUAUUUGGAGCUAGUGAGCUGUGGAACAAGAUAAGCAACACCAAGCAUGCCCACGUCACAAGGGAGAUGAAGGAGCUUAUCCACGAAACAAUAGGCCAUGAUAGGGGGUGGCUUCCUGAGCGCAUCUGCGUUCCAAGUGCUUAUAGAUCACUACUUGUCCUCCCCUUCGAGAAGGCCUUGCUGUCGCUACACAUUUGGACAGAUGUGGUGAUGCACAAGGUGGCGAAGUCGGUGAUGGUUAGCAGCAGUGGUCGGCUCCCGAUUGACAUGGCCGCCCAAGAGCAAGACCAAGAGGCAGCACAGCGGUGGCGGCGUCUUAUGGAUAACUGCAAGAGGCUAUCUGAGUACAUGUUGUACCUGCUGGUGGCGCAACCUGCCAUGCUACCUGUGAGCAGCAACGUGCAGGAUUUUAUGGUAGCAGCGGCUGCCUCAGACUGGUCCAGGGGUGCCUCCUCCAACAGAAAGGUGCAGGAUUUUAUGGUAGCAGCCGAUGUUGCCUCCAGAAAGGAGAAUUUUCUUGAGUGGUUGCCUUCAGAAUAUGAGGGUCCUGGUCUGGGCUUCUGGGAGGAGCAAAGGGUGGUGCUAGAAAAUCAACAGGGCAUCAAUGCCGAGCUGGCGAUACUAGAGAAGGUGUGGGUGCGGAUGCUCGUCUAUGCAGCCGGAAAGUCCCGCCCGGAAGAGCAUGCCCGGCGCCUGAGCACUGGGGGAGAGCUCAUUACCUUCGUUUGGCUGCUGAUGGCGCAUCGGCGUACUGGUGACGUGGAGCGCAGUAUCAGCCUUAUCAAAGAUGAUUUCAGCGCAGGACAUCUUUUCGAGCUAUCUACUGCUAGCAUACCAUACUGCAGGCAAAUUGAGAUGGAGGAGUCAAUUACUACUUGACUUAAUUGAUUGCUUCCAUGCUGGUGUGGUGUGGAGACCCAAGGAGUGGUCUGAACAAUAUUGAUGCACUGCACAUCUAUUUCAGCACAGACUCCGGCCGUCAGUUAUGGAGACGUUGCUAUAUGUGCAAAGGGUAGUCAUGACAUUGCUUGCUUCAUCAUCGCAAUAGCAACUGUCCAUGGUGAGGUUAAUGCCCUGUACUACGGUCCGCAGUAAUAAAUAAAUAAAUGCCCAGAAAUAUCAGUAGUCGGUUCUUUCAGGCCUGGUCCAUUGAGGGGGUGGGGAGGUGGUGCUCGAUAGGAUCAGGCGGGGGUUUCCCUUCCUACUCUCUCUUCCUUGUAUGAUCUUUAAUUCAUGCUGUUUUUUUUUUUGGCUUGGCUAGCUAGCUGCUCAACUUGUAUUGUGCCCGUGAUGUUGUAAUAAUAGGCUAGUUGCUUAUAUGUAUUAACAAGAAGUUGUUCGAUCUUCUUUACAUUUAUGCCUGCUACUGCUAGCUAGCUGUUUACUUAUCCUUAUCAAGGCCACAAGUUUUUAUAUAUGUUGCUGAAUCUUAUAAGCUUGCAUUGUUCUUACAUGCAACUUAAUUAUAGCUUCAUGCUUUAAUCUGACUAGAUGACCCGUUGCGUCAAUGACGCAAAGGCCAUGUGUAAGU